AUGAACCAUUCACAGUUCACGCCUUAUGUCUCAGUUGAGACAGCUCUUAAUCAAGACUUGUACGAGUUGGUCAAGGUGAUAUUUGGAGACCUCUUUCAAUGGAUUCAAAAAAAUGUGCAUAGGAUAGUUAUAUCUUUUAGCUCAACUAACAGCUUUACUGUCCAGCUACAGGAACUCCUGCCAAAGGAGUAUGAUUUACUUGAAGCUAGUGCAUGCAUCCUACCAGGCAACCAUCACUCCCCUGUGCUACCUUUCCUAUCACUUGUCUUCAACCUCAACGUCACACCAAAGGACAUAGAGACGGUAAUGACAAACACUUUUGCCUUGUCCUUCCCAUAG